CAUGUUUGAUUGGGCCUUUAAGCCAACAUAAAGAGGUCAUAAUAGAAGUUUUCGCUGAUUGGUUUCCUUUAAAAAUAGCAAAGAGGGCCCGCUGUUGUAUGAAGGCCCGCUCCACAUUUCACUGUUCCUCCAAGGAAUUAGAACCCGCAGCUACCCUCAGAUUAAUUUCCAUGGCUUCUACAGUGAUUUCCACGAAAUUCGAUGAUUCCAGUUUUGCCCUCAAAUUCAUUUCAAAAUAUCGCAUUUCCCUCUUCAGAUAUAUCAUUUGUGUUCAUAUAUUUCUUACAGAAACUGUGGUUGUCGUCUUCAACACGAGAAAUUUCGCAUCGUCGUCUUCACACCAACAGGGGAUACCCGCAUACAUAGAGCGAGGGAGACCUCGACCCCAAGUUCUUGUCAGCAGUUUAUUAAGCCGGGAAAACUCAACGGUUGUAACAAAGUUCUGUGUACUUGUUCAGUUGCCAAAAUGACAUCCCCAUGUCGUUUAAGAGCUUACGUGUAUUUAAUGGUUGAAGAAAUACUUUUUAGCCUUUUGUUGGACCUGGUUGUGGUAAUCCAACUCUUUGAAAAGGUGAGAUCCCGCAAGAGGAAACGUGGUUUAUCAUGUCAGCCAUAUGCUAUGAUACCACGUAUGUCUGCCCAAGUUAGGCACUUAAAUCGGCUGACAAAUGUUAGUGAUGUUGACUGCAUAGUUAAUUUGAGAAUGGAUCGCAACACUUUCGGGCGGUUGUGCCAGUUGUUACGUCAAUUGACGGGUAUGAGGGAUAAGAGGUUUGUAACCGUGGAGGAACAAGUAGCCAUAUUCUUGUCAGUCCUAGCCCACCAUAAAAAAAAACCGAGUUGUUAGGUUCGAUUUUUUGCGGUCCGGGCAGACGAUAUCACACUUGCUCGAUGGAAAUGGUUCAAGGGAUGCUUGGGGGCGCUAGAUGGCACCUAUAUUGAUGUGAUGGUGCCAACGAAUGAUAGGCCACGCUACAGGACGCGUAAGGGGCAGAUCGCAACCAAUACACUAGCAGUGUGCGAUCGUCAAAUGCAAUUCGUGUAUGUUCUCCCUGGUUGGGAAGGUUCCGCCGCCGAUUCAAGGGUACUCCGCGAUGCACUCACGAGGGUACAUGGGUUUAGAGUGCCAAGAGGAAACUACUACUUGUGCGACAACGGCUACGCUAACUGUGACGGCUUUUUGGCACCCUACAAAGGCGUGAGAUAUCAUCUUAAGGAAUGGGGCCCUCUUGCCGGUAGACCACAAAAUGCCCGUGAGCUAUUUAAUCUACGCCACGCGAAGGCACGGAAUGCAAUUGAACGUGCAUUCGGUGUCAUGAAGAUGAGGUGGGCCAUCCUCCGUAGCUCUUCUUACUAUCCCGUCAAGGUUCAAAACCGAUUAAUCAUGGCAUGCUUCGUCCUCCACAAUUUCAUAAGGUCUAACAUGGUUGUUGAUCCAAUCGAGCAACAAUUUGACAACCAAGCUGCAGAGAUGGAAAAUAUGGAUCUUGAGGGUGGGGAGUACGUCGAUGGAGUCGAGCCUUCACCGGCGUGGACUGCAGCAAGGGAGGACUUAGCUCAACAAAUGUGGCAACAAUAUAUAGAGAUGCGUUAGAGUGCUUAACUUGUGUCUAGUUUAUGUUAGGUUGUUUUCAUGAUUUCACUAAUAUGUGAGAUACUUAUGUACUGCUACAUGUCGACUUCGGAAUAUUGUGUGAGGUCUUUUUACUAGUCUAAAAUGGUGUUUGCUUGCACUUAUAAUUAGUUGAAGCUUGUGUUA